AGGCGUGUGGCUUUCCUUACCAAUGCCCCUAGAAAUUAUCCGCUCAUGCAAUUGAGCAAUUCUAUCCACAAACUUCAACUAGACCAACACCCAAGGACUAGUAUUCAUGGCUUUAACUAAACUUCUAAACAAGACUGAACUAUCUCAUCUGUUUUGGUAGCUUCAACAAUGCCAUCAGCUGUGGUUGCAGGGUCCUCCUCUUCUUGCUCUGCCACCUUCACCAGGAGCCACUCCAUCAAAACCCCUCCAACCACAUCCACAAAACCAAUAAUAUCCUCUCCAUUCCAGAGAACUGCUUUUCGAGGUCUAUCACUUCAAGAUGCCAAAAGGGGUUCCUCGGAAAUGUUCAUAGCUGAAAAGAAGAACAGUUUCACCAAUGCAAGAAAAGGGCUGCAGAUCACUGCAAGAACAGCUGGGGCUUCAAAGACUAUUGAGGUUGAGGUUGACAAGCCACUAGGCCUCACUCUGGGUCAAAAGGAUGGUGGUGGUGUGGUCAUCACGGCUGUAGAUGGAGGUGGGAAUGCUGCUAAAGCAGGGUUGAAAGCCGGGGAUCAAGUGCUGUACACUAGCAGUUUCUUUGGGGAUGAACUUUGGCCUGCUGAUAAGCUGGGAUUCACUAAAACUGCCAUCCAAGCAAAACCAGAAUCUGUCUACUUUGUAGUUAACAGAGGUGUAGAAGUAGAUAUUAAAAAACUAACAAAGCGUCCAGCUCCUCCCCGCUUUGGAAGGAAGCUAACUGAUGCUCAGAAGGCUAGAGCUACUCACAUAUGCCUCGACUGUGGAUACAUUUACACUGCCCAGAAACCUUUUGAUGAGCAGCCGGAUACAUAUGUAUGCCCACAAUGUAGAGCACCAAAAAAGAGGUUUGCAAGAUAUGAUGUGAAUACUGGAAAAGCAAUAGGAGGUGGUUUGCCUCCAAUUGGGGUCAUUAUUGGGCUGUUGGCUGGUGUUGGUGCAGUUGGUGCAUUGCUUGUUUAUGGUCUUCAAUGAGGCAGUUAUUGUAUUAAUCUCUAAAGUUUUUAUUACCUACCCCAGUAUUCUGGGAUAUUUUCGUGUUCUCGAAAUUAAUAUUCAAGUGUAAAUCUACAGGUUUGUUUAAUCCCAGUAAAAAAAAAUGCUUAGUGACCAAGAUGAUUAUCUUCAACAAUACGAUCAAGAAAAUGAAAUGGGAUUCUGUCCCUGAUCUACCAAAUAUAUUUUGAGGGAAAGCAGCCACUGCUCUUGUAAGAAAUGUUCUCUAUUUCUUUUUAGUUCUGCAAAGAAAAAACAGCAAAGUUGAGUUAAUUUGUUCUCCAAAUUGCCUGCACCUCAAAGGUAUAGUAGUAUGUAAAUGGUUUAAGCUGCAAGCCCAUUUCCUUUUAAAUACUGCAAGUCCUGGGGGUGUGCAAUUCCCGUUUCGGUUUGCGGUCUGCCUAGAAAUUGAAACCGAAUUAAAAUUUCACUAUAGUUUUGAUUUUGAUUUAAUUUUUUAUUGUGUUAA